UUUCAUUUCCCGGAAGGAUUCUUAAUAUUGCAGCGAUUCGCAUAAGAAAGCAAACUCUGCUGUGCGAGACUGCGACUUUACGCGACACCACAUGCUGUGUGUGGUGUAUAAUAUCGAUCAGCUAUUGACACAGUAAUUGGGUAUUAUUAUUGUAGCGAAUAUUUAUGAGAUUGUGAAGUCUUGAAGGUUACAGAACAUGAGUGACGCCUCCUCAUCGCCACCUUUGAUAAAGCUUCAGCAGAGUUGUAAUGGGAACGAACCCCCAGUUUGCUCUCCGGUUCUGCACGACCCUCAAAAUGAACCUCCCUCCUGGUACAAGACGGUGCCUGAUGAACUGUGCAAGCUACCUGGAAGACUACGGAUCAAUCCAUCUUUGUGGAAUAAGGAGGACGUGAAUCUCUGGCUACGCUGGGCUCAGAGGGAAUAUUCUCUGCGACGUGCGGACCACCAAAAAUUUGAGAUGAACGGAAAGGCGCUUUGUCUUCUAACCAAAGAGGACUUCCGUCUUCGCUGUCCCAGCUCUGGUGAUAUUCUGUAUGAACUCCUUCAACAUGUGAAGCAGCAGAGGAGAUGUGCGAUCUUCAGUCCGCUGUCCAGCUCCAACACACCGUCACAACAGACACCCGACUCGCACGGGACGACAGUAAAUACAAACUCCUGGGUGUUAACAGCUGGAUGUAGCACAGAUCAGAGCCAGGAGAAGAAACCUCUGUCUGCUGACCCUGAGCAUUCACAUGGCAUGCACAGAGAGAUUUCACAUAAUUCUCCCAAGGAAAAAAAUCAGCAGACAUCUCCAGACAAAACCAGACAACCAGUAAAUGUUUACUGUACAGAUGAACCUCUCAACCUGUCCAAUAAACCCACAAGACCUGCAAACACCACACAAACCUCUGAGGCCAAUGGAAAGAUUGCAGACUGCAGACUCUUAUGGGACUAUGUGUACCAGCUGCUCUCAGACAGCAGGUAUGAGGCCUUCAUACGCUGGGAGGAUCAGGACGCCAUGAUCUUCAGAGUGGUGGAUCCCAACGGACUGGCACGACUCUGGGGCAACCACAAAAAUAGGGCCAAUAUGACCUAUGAGAAAAUGUCCAGAGCAUUACGUCAUUACUACAAGCUCAACAUUAUCAAGAAAGAGACAGGCCAGAGGCUGCUCUUCCGGUUUCUGAAGACCCCUGAGGAAAUCAUCCAAGGCAGGUCAGACCGCACAGAACCGUCAGAGUCUCCUAACAGUCCUGCAUCUCCUGAAUACAGAGAAGACGCUCUGGAAGUAUCUCCUGUAUCUACUCCUACUACACUGAGCCCCAGCUUUGAUCACAACUUCAGCAUAUCACCAAUCCCAUAACAUUCACUCCCUCAUUCUGAUCCAGGAUCAGCCUUAGUUAUUAAUUAUCCUGACUUUUUAGAAUGGGAAACCCCGAGCUGAUCUUCUGUCAGAGAGAACAUCCAAUACAGCUCCAGAGAUGGCUGAUAUCCCAUAGAGGUUCCACAGGACUCAGUAAUAUUUUAGGAGAUGCUCGGACCACAUGGUUUUGACUCAGGGUAGUAUGCCGUUGUUUGCUGUUAGUGUGUGUUAAAAGCUAAGCGACACUAAUUUCUCAACACAACAAUUCUGAUUGAUUCUCAUAGUUGAUUAUUAGAGUUGAUAUGAAAUUUUCUCUCAGGUUGUAAA